AUGCUGGAGUUUCAUUCAUUAGGAAAAAGACGGGAUGAAAAGCGCUGCUCGGGGCUUCAGCCUACAGUCGUGAUGUGGGGAACCGCUGUCUGUCCAGAACUUAAGCUUCAAUGUGGCCCAGGCUCAAGAGCUCAUGAUCCAUCAUCACCGAGUAUCCGGGCAGCAGUGACAGUGGCAGCGCCGACGACGACAACGACGAAGACGGCGACGAUCACACGAACAAACACCGUUGAGAUGCCCUCAGUAAUACAGCAAACAACCGAGCAAGAAUCUGGAUGUCUCCCACGUACAAUGUCUGCGGAACUCCCUGCCUCGAAUCCGUUCCGGAGGAGAAUCUAUGCAGCCCUCCCCUCUGCCAUGUCAGAGCGCCCCUCUGCGAAUUCCCAAAUAUCGGCCGACUACGCAGAACCGCAAACAGAUCCUGUGGGAGGUGAAGGGACAGGUGUACUGAAGAAGAUCACCAAGAAAGUCAGGGUUCAUUCGCCUCCUCCGCCAUCGCUCUCCAGUCCAACCAUAUCCGACUCAUCCUCAACGGUUGGGAAUGAAAUCUAUAAUACAUCCGGCAGGCCUACAAAAUCUGCCAUACCGCGGGAAGAGGAUCCUUUCGAAAAUGCGACCGCGGACACGAGCGAUGAUGAGGAAACAAGUAGACUUGGUAGGGUUCCGGCAAACCCGUUCUCGAAGACAUUGGAGACUAUGGAAAACCCGGGACGAGGUACCGGAACAGUACCACCAAGGAAGGCCAGCAACGCGGGGCGAGCAUCUAUGGAUGUAGAUGCUUUCAAGAGGCUAUUAAUGACGGGAAAUUCUGGGCUGGCUACGCCCCCGACACAGACUGGAGCUCAGGCGCAUGUGGCACACGCUCUCGGGAACGGGGGGAGUAGUACAGACACAACAUCUCUAUGUCGGCAGUCUGUGUUUGAGGCCAUUCAAGAGCCAUUGACAGAAUCACCUCGCACAUCACACGAGAUAUCAGAGCCGGAUGAUGAUCGGAGGGGGUUGGUGGCAGAGAUGUCGCACUCGUCCGCAGGCAGAAAGAAACCCCCUCCACCAAGCUCGAGACAUGGGAAAAUGAUAAAUAUGGAACUGAAGAACGAGAAUACACCUAUUAGCACGCAAUCACCUCCUACAUCAGGCUCCAUUACCUCCCAACAUUACAUCAGCUCCAGUCAGCACUCCCAGACAGACCUCAACAAGCCUCUGCCUCCAGCUCCGAACCGCGCCAGCCAUGAUUCGGAACGUGAAUCUAUCUUCGACAAGGAAUCUGCUGGGAAGACACCAGAGCCUCCCUCUCCAUCGCCAUCAUUGCGGUACAAGACGCCGCCCGCCCCGCCUCUUACUCGCCGGCACAGCCAGAAGAUGGCCGAAUCGAAGUUGAGACGAGCCGGCUCGACCCGGUUAUCACCCAAUCCCGAAGAGGAGCCUCCCAGAGUCCCCAGCUCUGGAAGUGAGAACAGGAGGAAAUCCUCUGAAAGUGCCAGAGCUCCUCCGCCUCCGCCCUCCCGCCGUCUGGGCUCUUUAAGAGUCUCACCGAAAACUUGUGUAAAUUCGCCUUCGACUGUCUCUUUGCCCGCUCCACCGCCUGCUCGAAGAUCGUCUCGGUCCUUAACUGGAGGCAGACCAUCUUCAGUCUACAGUCUGGAUCUAUCGUCGACGAACAAACGGUCCUCCGUCGUGGCGCCUCCGCCUCCACCGCCUCGCCACCAUGGAACCUCACCCGAGUCGCAAUUGUUCGGGGACUCCCAAAGACGAAGCGGUGAGUACCAUCGAAGCACGGAGGUCACCCGGCCAGGAUCGUCGAGCUCGUCCUCACUACUGCACGAGAAUCUGCAUGAGGAACCAGUGCAAAUUCCAGCACAGGCGAGCAAACUCGAUGUUCUCGCCGAUUUAAGCAAAUUGCAACGCGAGAUCGACGCACUGCGCACCCAGAGCGUGAAGCGAAUCACAUGA